AUGAAGGUUCAAUUGGAGACAGUAGUGAGUGCAGAAUAUCAAGGCACGAGUUGGAAAGAAAGUGAUCCAUCAAUUUUUCUUAUGAAUAUUUUAAGAACUUUACAAGGAGAGUACAAAAUUAUUAAUGGUUAUGGUCCAGAUAAAGCUCCUGAAGUCUUAAGAGAUCAUUGGAGUUCAUACAUAACAGAAGAUGAUUUCAAAUUCAUAUCACAAAAUGGGUGGAAUGCUUUCACAUGGGCACAAAACCAUGGGAUAAAAGUGAUUGUGGACUUGCAUGCAGUGAAAGGUUCUCAAAAUGGAAAUGAACAUAGUGGGACAAGAGAUGGAUAUAUAGAAUAG